ACCGAUAGUCCGACUGUUGUGAAUGGCUUGUGGUCAGCUGCAAAAGCCGCGCCGCAUCUGCAAUAUAUUUUAGCAAAUAAACAAUAAAUAACAGCCAAUUGCCAUGGAAGACGUGCAAAAGCACAGCGUGCACACGCUGAUAUUUCGCUCCCUAAAGCGCACCCACGAUCUGUUCGUUUCCAACCAGGGAAAUCUCCCGGAAAUUGAUGACAGUUUAGAGAAGUUGCGACGUUCCAUCAAGGCCAAGGAUAGCUACGGCCUUGUCCUGGACAGGGCGGUGAAGAUCGGCGAGGCGAGAAAGGCAUCCGGAGCCCAGACGCCGGGCGACAAGACACUGGCCAUCACCGAUGGCAGUGCGGCGGAUUCGGGCAGUGGCGCUGGCAGUCUGGUUAAGUACAAUGCCGGCGGCAGGCCAGCGGAGAAGACAGCGCCCCUGGUGACCGGCACUCACACAUCGUUGGUGCGCGCCUCUCUGGCGAACAGCAAUGGGGAUAAGAGCGCCAAUGGCACCACCGCCAGCAAUUUGCAAUUGAUACCCAAGAAGGCGCCCAGCAUACCCAAACCCAAGUGGCACGCACCCUGGAAGCUGUCGCGCGUCAUCUCCGGCCAUUUGGGCUGGGUGCGCUGCAUCGCCGUGGAGCCGGGCAACGAGUGGUUCGCCACCGGCGCUGGUGAUCGUGUAAUCAAGAUCUGGGACCUGGCCAGCGGCAAACUGAAGCUAUCGCUCACCGGUCAUGUGAGCACUGUGCGCGGUGUGGCCGUCAGCUCGAAGCAUCCGUAUCUGUUUAGCUGCGGCGAGGAUCGGCAGGUCAAGUGCUGGGAUCUGGAGUACAACAAGGUCAUACGACACUACCAUGGCCACUUAUCGGCUGUUUACUCCCUGGCCCUGCAUCCCACCAUCGAUGUGCUGGCGACCUCCGGCCGUGACUCCACUGCCCGCAUCUGGGACAUGAGGACCAAGGCGAAUGUGCACACACUGACGGGACACACGAACACAGUGGCUAGUGUGGUGGCCCAGGCGACGAAUCCGCAGAUCAUCACCGGCUCCCACGACUCCACGGUGCGUCUGUGGGAUUUAGCCGCCGGCAAAAGCGUAUGCACGCUGACCAAUCACAAGAAGUCCGUGCGCAGCAUUGUGCUGCAUCCAUCGCUGUACAUGUUCGCUUCCGCUUCGCCGGACAACAUCAAGCAGUGGCGCUGUCCCGAGGGCAACUUCGUGCAGAACAUCUCCGGCCACACGGCCAUCGUCAACUGCAUGGCGGCGAACAAUGAUGGCGUACUCGUCUCGGGCGGCGACAACGGCACCAUGUUCUUCUGGGACUGGCGCACCGGCUACAAUUUCCAGCGCUUCCAAGCGCCCGUUCAGCCGGGCUCCAUGGACAGCGAGGCGGGCAUAUUCGCCAUGUGCUUUGACCAGUCGGGCACCAGGCUAAUCACCGCCGAGGCGGACAAAACGAUCAAGGUGUACAAGGAGGAUGACGAGGCCAGCGAGGAGUCGCAUCCGGUUAACUGGCGGCCGGAGCUACUGAAACGCCGCAAAUUCUAGAGCUACCACCAUAGACUACGAUUUUCUAAACGACUUCAUUAAAAACUACAUUUAAAACCGCGCUCAGUUGAA